AUGCGUUGGUACCUUCUCACUCAUUCCAUUCACUCCAGGUCCCGGCUUGAUAAAGAGCUCGAUGUAGAGGUGGAACUACUGGACUCUUCAGCAGCCAGGCAUAAGAUUGCAGUGCGUCCGAAGAAAAAUCACCCAAAAGUGAAAGCUGCCCCGAAACAGAACGGAGAAAGAUGGCUGGUCCGUGUCCUAGAAGACGUUCAAGGCGACGAACUCAGCUCGCGUCAGGGCUACGUGCCGGCCCAUGUUCUUCGGGAGAAGGAACCUGAGAGGGAUAUGACGGCGCUCGCUGCUAGACGACAGGCUGUGAUUCGUGAACUCAUAGAGACCGAAGAGGAGUUUGGAAGGGACAUGCAACAGGUCGUGAGUCAGUACAUGAGGCCGAUGGACAAGACGACCACGCCCAAACCUGUCUUCGAAAGCCGAGAGUUUCUGUUCUCUAAUUUUAAACAGAUCUGCGAAUUUCAUAAUACAUCUCUGCUAGAAGGCAUAAAGUACUACGCGGCAGAUCCUCGUAUGUUGGGCAGAGCAUUAUUGCGUAUGGAGAGAGAGUUCGACAAACACGUGGCUUACUGCAGGGACGAACCCAAGGCCCAGCAGCUUUUAAGCACGCAUCCUGUUAUCAAGAAGUACUUUCAGGAAAUAGCAAAGAAAGUUGGUGACGAUAAAGGCCUAGCCGAACAUCUGAAACUCCCCAUACAACGAAUCAACGAUUACCAACUCCUUCUCAAGGAAUUGGUGAAAUACUCAAAACGUCUCGGCGACGAUUCCACCGACCUUCAAAAGGCGUUAGAACUUUUCCUCGGUGUCCCAAAUAGAGCGACAAAUAACCUCUUCAUUGCUAGUAUCGAAGGCUUUCGCGGAAAUAUAUACAAGCUUGGAAGACUACUUACGCACGAUUGGUUCACUGUUGAAGUAGAAGGGACAAAAGAAAAUCUCUAUCUGUUUCUCUUUAAAGCGAGGAUCCUCAUAAGUAAGAUAAAGAGAGUGGCAGAUGAUCGAUCUGUCUUUGUAUUGCAACAAAUUAUAAGAAUUCCUGAUAUAGAAAUCAAAGAUCAUCCGGAAUCAUUAAAAUUUGAACUACAUCAAAAAGACCCGCCAUUGAUAUUCAUUCUAAAGGCUCAGAAAGAACAAGUAAAGACCGCUUGGUUACGUGAAAUCCGCCAAUACGCGAGCGAUCUAGUUGCUUUAGCAGAACACGCAGCGGAUGAUCUACAGGUUUUACCUCAAGAAGAUUUAUAUCAGGAAGAAGAUAGCCCUGAAAUACAAGAAGAAACUAAAAAAAGAGAGCAUUCAGAAGAGGUAACAGAAUACUCAAAGGAAAAAAAAUCCCGUGUUGAAGAAUCCGAGGAAAAUAAAGAGGGAAGUCAAAUUCCCACAAAGAGAAAAGCGUCUCUUGAAAGUGAUAUUGCAACGAAACUAUCUAAAUCAGAAUUAGUAGAAGCUACAAGUGAUUUUCAAGAGACCUUAAGUACUACUCAAGACGUAGUCACUGUUGAUUUAGAAUCUAAAUCAGUUGUGACACAAGAGAGUACUCAAGUCAGCGAAGUUCAAUCAAUCACAUCGCAGUCACAAACAAGUCAAGAAAUUAUCCAAGAAGAAUUCGUCGAAGCGCUACAAGAAGUGUCGGCUUCUAAAGAAGUUUCAACGACACAAACUGUUCAAGUCCAUUGUACUGAAGUAUUUGCACAAGGAUCUGUUCAGGAAGUAGUAGAAACCGCUUGUAAAACUCAGAAAAGUGAAACUACUGUUGAAGCGUCACAAGAUAACGUAGUAAGUGUCUCACAGCAAUCUAUUGAGAACCUUGAAAGUGUGUCUGUCGAAGAAGCUCGGCAAAUAGAGACAGAAAUAAAAUCAGAUUCUCCUAAUAAUAGACCUGACGAAACUGCUAAAAAAGACUCAUUAAUAGCUGUUAGCAGACAAACCUCUAAAGCUAGUAAAACAUCAGAAGAAACUUCAGUACAAAUAUCGUCUGGUGAAAACGUUGUAACUAAGAAAGAAGACGUAUCUGAAAAAAGAGAUCUAGAAUUAAGUAAGUCUGAAAAAACAUCUGAAGUCGUAGAAUCUAGUAAAGUAGAACAAAAACGACCCUCUCAAACUAAACGUGAGUCAAAAAAGAAGACAGAAUCAGUUGAUUAUAGCGAAGAAGAAAAAGACGUCACACAAAUAAAAUCUUCACAAGAAACGGUUUCAGUCUCAAAACAAACUGUUCAAGCACAAGAGAGUUUAGAUAUACAUGCUAUUAAUACAUCUAACCAAACCCCGAGUUCUGAAAAGGUAACAGAGCUACCAGAAAAAGAAAAAACUGAACUAACUGAAAGUUUUAGCGAGGAAUUUACUAAGCAAAAAGAUAAUACAGAAGUUGCUUCAAAAGAGUCCGCACUUGACACAAACUCUGCAGUCACCUCAGAAGAUAAAGUUGUAAUAAAAAGCCAAACUGUUGAAUCAGAAGAAACAGGUGAAGAAAUGUCAUCGAGAUAUAGCCGCUCUUCGCGGCUUUCUGGAGAAUAUUCCAGUAGUACCCGAAAAUCUUCGACUGGGGGCCGAUACGAAUCUUCCGAUGGAACCGGUACCUCUACGUACUCUCGCCGCGAGAGUGGCUCACGUGUAGAGAGCAAUCGUAUUGAUUUAGGAGGCUCCAUUGAAGGCUCGGCUGCUUCAAAAUAUGAAUCCAAGUACUCAACGAGUGCCAUAGAUAACGGUUCAAAGUACGGAGUGGAGUCCAGCUUUCAGAGCCGGAGUUCAAUUAAAGACGGCUCUAGGCACGGAGUAGAGUCUUCUUACGAAAGUAGGCGAUCCAUCAAGGACGGUUCGAAAUAUGGAAUCGAAUCCGGCUACGAAGGGAAUAACUCUACAAAAGAUUCGAUUGAGUCCAGUUACGAAAGCAGGAGGUCCAUCAAAGACCGAUCCAAAUACGACAGGACCAACUCUAUCAAGGAUGAAUAUGGUGUUGAGUCAAGCUAUGAAAGUAGAAGAUCAAUCAAAGACGCCUCCAAUUACGGCGUUGAUUCUAGUUUUGAUAAAUCAAUUAAAAGCUCAGCUCUCGAAUCGAGCUAUGAAAGAAGCAACUCGAGUAAAGAAUCGAAGUAUUCUGAAGAAUCUGAGGUUGAGAGCAAAAUUGAUAGCAUCGCCGCUAAAUACGGUCUCAAUAAUAAUAUUGAAACCAAAUCUACAAAAGUUAUCGAAGCUGGUUAUGAUGUAGAAAUGGACGCUCCAAGCAAAAUCGACAGUAUUGCCUCUAAAUACGGUCGCAACUCUAUCACAGAGAGUUCAAAGUCUAAAACUCGUUCCACAAGAUUAAACAUAGAAACAAGUGUUGAUGGUAACAAUGUGGAAGCUGAAACUCAGUUCGAAUCAAAACGCCAAAGUAAGGCCAACGGCAGAACGGUCUACGAAGAGGAAUUCUCCAAAAACGCACUUUUGAACGGAUCUGUGACCAGCGAAUAUGAAUCAAAGAAAUCGGUUUCUAAAUCCGAUUCUUUCGAUGGAAGACCUAUUUUUACUAAGACUCUAGAAGGCCAGAACAUUGAACCCGGCGAAAAUGCCUUAUUCGAAUGCGACAUCCAAUCUUCUGAGGAGCUGGACGUAACUUGGCUGAAAGAUAACAAGCCCCUAACGGACAAACUGAUGGACAGAGUCAAUGUUAUAAAGAGAGGAAGUGUUCACAAACUGGAAGUAAAGCACUGUAGGGAAGAUGAUGCUGGGCUGUACACGGCGCGUGCGCAGAAUAAAACCGGCAACGCCCACUGUACCGCACAGCUGAUUGUACACGAGCUAACACCAGAAGAGAGGAAGCAAAAGAAUGCCCUCAAUGCGCCCUAUUUCAUAGUAGCUCUUAAGGAUACUGAGAUAUUGUUGAACACUUACCUACGAUUCAUGGUUAAGGUCAAGGGAAACCCUAAUCCCGAUGUCAAGUUCUACCGCGAAGGCAAAGAAAUAACAACAUGCCUGGACAGUGACCGGGUAUCAAUUGUACGUACUCGCGCCGAAAAGGGCUGCUACGAACUCGUGAUCUCUGAUGUGAAUGUGGCCGAUGCAGGCAAAUACUCGUGUAAGGCUGUCAAUAUAUAUGGCGAUGUUGAAUCAGAAUGCACAGUAGCUGUUGUUGAUGACAAGAACAUAUUCGGGGAGCUGCCGCCCGGAGGGGAAGGUCUAUUGGCGAAGGGCGAAAAGCCGGUGUUCGCCUGGAAACGCGAUGGCCUUGAAUUUGACCCUGAAGAGAGGUUCAAGGUUCUCCUCGGAGACGAUGAGGAUUCCCUAGCGCUGGUCUUCCAGCACGUGAAGCCUGAAGAUGCUGGGAUGUAUACUUGCGUUGCUAAGACGAGCACUGGAAAUAUUUCCUGCUCUGCCGAACUUACUGUACAAGGUGCCGUCAACUAUCUCCACCGUGAGCCCGAAAAGCCAACCCUAGAGAUUGAACAUCGGGAAGCAGUGGUGUCUAGUGGUGGAUCAGCCAUGCUGGAGCUGGUCUGCAAAGGCUAUCCGAAGCCUACUGUGGUCUGGAAGCAUAAGGGAGAUGUUAUCGAAGCCGAUGCAAGACAUAAGUUCUUGCACGAAGACGACGAGAACAUGUCUCUGGUCAUCAAGAAUGUGACAUCAGCCGAUAGCGGCGUGUAUGAAGUGACAGCGUCCAACGACCUUGGGGAUGAUACCACUUCCUUCAAUCUGGUAGUGACUGCUCCACCCAAAAUUAAGAAGAAGAUUGAGAACCAGACUUGCAUGGUGGAAACAUCUCACACAGUCCGUAUUGAGGUGGAAGGUACCCCUGCACCUGAAGUCAGCUUCUACAAAGACGGAGUUCUCAUCACCAGCUCAGACCGCAUCAUCAUCACCAAAGAAUCCGACGAAGUUUACACCAUCACCAUUAAAGAUGCCAAGCUUACAGAUUCCGGAUCGUACUCCAUUGUUGCUAAAAACGAGGUGAACCAAUGCUCUGACUUCUGGCAAUGGCAUGUCACAUCACCGCCCAAGGUCAUCAAGAAACUGGGCGAAUCUAAAGUCUGCGAAGAGAAGGAAACUGUCACCUUUGAAGUUAAAACCGAAGCUGAACCCGCACCGACUGUCACUUGGUUCAAGAACAAGACAGAAUUAAAGGAGUCAUCAGCGAUCAAGAUAUCAUCAUCGGGUGAAGCGCACAAAUUGGUGAUCACCUCGGCAGCCAGGGCUGAUGCUGGAGAAUACUCUUGUGAGAUUCGUAACGUACACGGAUCAACGAGCGAUUCGUGCCUCUUGAACGUGCGUUGCGGGCCCGUAUUCACGCAACGGCUCAAGGACACCACUUCGAGUGAGGGAGAUGUCAAUGUUGAGUUCACUGUCAACGUCGAAGCCUAUCCCGAACCUAAGGUGCAAUGGUACCUCGGUGACGUAGAAAUAACCGAAAAGAAGUCGGUGUACAGUCGCGUAGACAACGGCAGUACGCACAAACUGAUAUUGAAGGAGGUGUCAGCUGAAAUGUCUGGACAAUACUUCUGCAGGGUCACUAACGACCUCGGCGCUGAUUCCUGUCAAGCUACCUUCACUGUCAACAGAAAACCUCGCAUCACGAAGAGCUUGAUAGACAUGACGGUGGAUGAAGGUCAAACCCUGAAGCUAGAAGUGGAAGUAGAAGGAUGCCCAGAACCGAAGGUCAAAUGGUACAAAGAUGGAAAGGAAGUGAACACUGACGCAAGAAUCAAGAUCGAACGGGAUACGAAAAGGUUGGAGAAUUAUAACCUCACUGUAACGUUAGUAAAGGAGGAAGAUGGUGGGGAAUAUGAAGUUCGAGCUGAAAAUGAAAUGGGAAGCGUUUCUUGUAAGAGUACAGUCACCGUACACACCAAAGAAGUUCAUUCGAGGUUCACAAAGGAAACACUCACUGAAAAUGAGUUGGAUGCAGAUAGUGCAGAAAAACAAAAGAUUGUUAAAGAUUUGCUCGACGAUAAAGUCAAGAAAAUAGCUACAAAAGAAAAAUCUAAGUCUGAAGUUGCCGAAGAAAAAUCAGUAUUAGACGACGAUGCUAAGGCUAAAUCAGUUUCGUUUGAAGAGGUUGAUCAGCCCGUUUCAAAUAAAGCUAAGAAAUCCCUAACAGAACCCGAAAACAUUGAAAAAAAAUCAGUUGAUGAUGUGAGUUUGCGUGCAGUUUCAGUAGAAGAGGUCGAAUCAGUCGCACUUAAACCAGAAAAAUCUGUCACAGAACCUGAAGCCCUUAAUGAGAAUUUGAUAAACGAACAAGAUAAUGAAAGGCGAAAUUCUAUUGUAACCGAUCUUGAAAAACCUGCUAAAGCGAAAAAAUCGUUCACUGAGCCGGAAGUCGCUGAAGAAAAAGAGCUACUAGAUAAUUCUAAUAAAUCUAAAUGUACUACGGAAAUUGUUGAUGAAGCGAAACCAUAUAAAGCUCAAAAGUCCGUAACGGAACCGGAAAUUGUUGAAGAAAAAUCAUUUUGGGAUGAUGUAGAUAACGAUGGAAAGACCAAAACUUCUAAAGUUGAGGAAGUAGAAUCUGUUCCACGUAAAGCUAAAAAAUCUGUUACUGAGCCGGAAGUCGCUGAAGAAAAAAAGCUACUAGAUGAUUCUAAUAAAUCUAAAUGUACUACAGAGAUUGUUGAUGAAGCGAAACCAUAUAAAGCUCAAAAGUCCGUAACAGAACCGGAAAUUAUUGAAGAAAAAUCAUUUUGGGAUGAUGUAGAUAAUGAUAGAAUGACCAAAACUUCUAAAGUUGAGGAAGUAGAAUCAGUUCCACGUAAAGCUAAAAAAUCUAUUACUGAGCCUGAAGUAAUUGAGACAGGGUCUGUUAUCGAUGAAAAUCAAAAUGAAGUCAAAAAAGUUAUCGAAGAAGUAGGCACUACAGUACAGAAAGCAGAAAAGACCGUUACUAAACCGGAAAUAAUCGAAGAAGUGGAAAUUAAGUCUCCGAAACGUAAAUCUAUUAAAAAACAAUCUACUGCUGAAGAACCAUUGAGUGCUGAUACUGAAGGCCGAGUUUUCGAAACAGUAACCACGUUCAAGUCAGCUGAUGAUGGCUCCAUUACUGUAUCUAAAGUCAGCAGCACCCGUUCGCACGGUGCCAUAAUAACAGGUCCAGCCGAAACGCGCACAUUACAUAAAAUGACUACAACUGCUAUGCAUUAUGAUGAAAAUGAUGAAUGCGAUAGAAAAAUAAUAAUUCCUAAUAAACCACACACAACUUCACUUGAAGUGGAAGAGAUAGCUAGUCAUAGCUACUUCUUAUCUGAGCUAGGGUAUUUCACUAUACCUGAUCACAUAAGAAGGGGUACAUACGGAAUUAUUGAAGAACCGCAAACCGACUCGGACGCUGAUUCAAUUCCUCGAAUGGGUCGACACGGCGGAAACCGUACCUAUUCUAUUAGGUCUGCAUCUGAAGAUGAAAUGAGCUGGCAAAACGAUUCUCUUUCCCGAGAAAUAUCUAUUGAGGAUCUGUCUAAAUCACUUUUCGAAAUAGACGAAACCAAGAAGGUAUUCAGCAAGGACUCAUACGUGCGUCAAACUUCUUUCAAAGAAGAUUAUUACACGAAUGAAGGGGAGGAAGAAUAUGUUAUUCUCAAGGAGAAGUCUGAAAAAGUAUUUGAGCGUGACGUCACGGAAAAACUUAUAGAUAUAUCAAAAGAAUUUGAAGAUGGCGAAUAUAUGAAAUUCGGAAGUAAAAAAGAUAAUAUUAAAAAUAGACUUAUUGAAGAAUUAGUUAUAGAAUCUCCUAAAAAUAUCACUAACAUAACGAAAAAUAUAGCCGAAACAACAGUAGAACGGAAAAGAAAGAUAGAUAAAAGUUUAUUCAUUGUGGAGGAAGAAGACGGAAACAUUGAAGAAUUAUUGAAGAGAAGUCAAAGACAACGCAGCAUUCUUGACGAUAUUUUGAAUUCGGAAGAAGAAAAAGCAUCACCCACAUUAAAAGAAAGCAGUAUGAAAGAUGGUCACACGUUCGAAUCCCUACCAUUAGUAUACACAGUUGAGGCGGUCGGUAAGCCAAAGCCUACAGUCCGUUGGCUUCAUAAUGGUGAAGAGGUUAAACCAGAUAAAGGAAUCCACCUUACGAAUGAAGGAGAUGUUUACAAAUUAGCGAUAGAUGCAGUGGAUCUUAAGGAUAUUGGUAAAUGGCAAUGCGAGAUCAGCAACAAACUUGGCAAACAAGUUUUAGAUGCAGAACUAGCCGUUUCUCCGGUGGCCGAAUACCGCAAACCAAUCUUCAGGCAACCAUUGGAAGCUCAACGCGUAAUGCAAAGAGAACCCGUCACACUCAAAGCCAUCUGUACGGCUGACCCGCUACCACAUGUCGCCUGGCUCCUCAAUGGAAAUGAGAUUGUACCGGAUGCAACUGUUACUACCAGUGCAGAUUCAAAGGAACUGGAGCAUGGUCUGAAAGAGUGUAUCUUCACACUACAAAUUCCUACUGGUCGUCAUCAAGACACAGGAGUGUACACAAUCCAGGCGAAGAACCAAUACGGCAUCGGAGAGUGUUCAGCUCGUCUCGACAUCCUUCUGAGACCAGAAAUCGAAGGACUUAAAGACGUCACAACGGUUCCCUAUGAAGAGACCACCUUCGUCGCUAAUAUCAGAGCUAAUCCUAUUGCAGAAGUCAAAUGGAGUAAAGAUGGCUACGUGAUCCAACCUUCGGCUAACAUCGAAAUCAACGAAGAUCUCGCAAAGGAGACAUACAGUCUCACGAUCAAGAAGAUAGGAGUUGCAGAUGCUGGAGUUUACACUGUCACCGCUAAGAACGAGAUCGGAGAGACCGCUCAACAGGCUAAACUCACUGUACAUACCAACGAACCCCAAUUCACAAAACCGCUUCAAAAACAAACUGUCAAAGAUUACGAUGACGUCACUCUUAAAGUUCGAUGCGAUGGAGUGCCAAAGCCAGGUGUCAAAUGGUACAAGGAAGGAAUUGAAUUAGCUAAUGAUGAACGAAGGACUAUCACCACUGAGGUGGGAGGACAAGUGGACAGCGAGCUCGAGAUUAAGCACUUCAAUCCAUCGGAUGCUGGAAAGUACAAAGCAGUAGCGAGAAACCUCUCUGGUGAAGCGAGCACGGAGGCGGAAAUAUCUCUUGCGCAGGUGUCCCCCGGCUUUGUACAUAAGCUGGACAGGCAGAAGGAAGUCGACGAAGGGGAACCCUUGGAGCUGAAGGCCAAGGUCGACGGCAGCCCAAUUCCUACCGCUCAAUGGUUCAAAGACGGCGUUAAACUCCCAGCCGACGACCACGUGAAGCAAGUAUCUCUUCCAGAUGGUACGAUCAAACUGAGUAUCGAUCACGUGACACCAUCAGAUUGCGGCGCUUACAAACUCAUUAUCACCAACCCCAACGGCGAACACUCGGCCUUGUGCGCUGUUGCUAUUAAUCCAACACCGCGUAAACCCUCAUUCAGUCAAGAGUUGGACGACACGAAGGUGAUGGUGGGUCAACCCGUGAAACUGGAAGCCAGGGUGAUGGCCUUCCCUGCGCCUGAGGUCAAGUGGUUUAAGGAUGGUCUGCCCAUCCGACCGAGCCAAGCCGUGAACUUCAUUAACCAACCUGGCGGUAUCAUCGGUCUGGCCAUAGAUGCCUGCAAGCCCGAAGAUGCCGGAGUUUACUCUCUUACUCUCUCUAAUAAGCUGGGAGAAGCUGCUUCGAAGGCUUCUGUUGAGGUUGCACAAAAAGAACGUAAACCAGCAUUUAUAGCAGAGCUGAUGCCGUCCAAAGUGAUCGAAGGGUUCCCUGUCAAGAUGGAAGUCAAGGUCCUCGGCCAUCCUCAACCGAUUAUCAAAUGGACGCACAACGGCAAAGAAAUAGUCCCUGAUGGUGAAAGAGUUCGCAUAGUCGCACAGCCGGACGGAACUCACGCGCUACUGUUGAGUAAGGCGACGGCAGAAGAUGCAGGGAAAUACGGCGUUGUUGCCAUCAACGAUAAAGGAGAAACUGCCAGUACUGCCGAACUUAGUGUUGCCAGCCGAACCGAUGACACCAGCCCCGAAGAGCGUCCACAGUUCCUGCAGAGUCUACGCGAAGUAACAGCUGAUGAGGGUCAGCCCUUAACACUAUCCGCACCUUUCGUUGGGAACCCUGUACCUGAGGUCUCCUGGAGCAAGGAUGGACAGGAUCUUAAGCCCAAUGACAGGAUUCUGCUUACGUGCGAUGGCAAACGGGUGGGUCUGGAAAUAAACCCAGUAGAGAGACCAGAUGCAGGUGUAUACUCCGUCAAGCUGGUGAACCCAAUGGGAGAGGACAAGACCGAAGGCAAGGUUCAUGUGAGGAAAGUCUUCCAGCCGCCGGCCUUUACGCAGAAGUUCACUGAUUUGCAACAGCUACCAUCAUUCGACGCUAAAUUCCCAGCUCGUAUAUCCGGAAUACCCGCCCCGGAAGUGACGUGGUACAAAAAUGGCGCCCCUCUCUCUCCUUCUAACAAGUACCAGAUGAAGAGAGAUGGAGAUGCUUGCUGUCUCUAUGUUAGGGAUCUAAAUGAGCAGGACGCAGGACAAUACAAAUGUGUCGCGAAAAAUAAGGAAGGUCAGGCUGAAUGCGAGGCCGCUUUGGAGGUGGUUGAUAAGAUAUCUCGCCGUGAAAAGGCGGAGCCGCCAUCUUUCCUGAAGAAAAUCGGUGACGUGGAAGUGUUCAGAGGACUCAGCGCCAAGUUCACGGCUUGUGCUACGGGCACGCCUGACCCGGAUGUCGAAUGGUUCCGAAACGAUGAGAAAUUAUUCCCCUGCGAGCGCAUUCGUAUGGAUAAGGAGUCGACGGGACUCCUUCGCCUCACCAUCAGCGGAGUCGAUCCGAGUGACGUCGGGUCCUAUCGAUGCAGAAUAUUCAACCCUCAUGGAGAAGAGUCCUGUAUUGCACAACUUACGUAUGACACUCUCGAACCCCAAUCGGGCAAGAAGCCGAUAUCCGAGCAGUACUCGGAGUUCGACAAGAUGAAGGCGACGGGUGUGCCAAUGCCGUUGGCGGACAAGCCCAUCAUAUCCCGGAUGGCGGAUCGGCAUCUGACGCUUUCCUGGAAACCUUCGAUCCCUCAUCGCCCGAGGUUCCCGGUCACGUACCAGGUGGAAAUGUGCGAAGUGCCAGACGGCGAUUGGUUCACAGCCCGCACGGGUUUACGCUCUUGCGUGUGCGACAUUCGCAAUUUGGAACCAUUCCGCGACUACAAAUUCCGAGUCCGCGUGGAAAAUAAGUAUGGCGUCAGCGAUCCUUCGCCCUAUGCUAUAACACACCGGGCCAAGCUGGAACCGGAUCCGCCUAAAUUCGUCCCGUACUUGGAACCAGGAAUCGAUUUCCGUCCGGAAACAUCUCCCUACUUCCCGAAAGACUUUGACAUUGAGCGACCACCUCACGAUGGUUAUGCGCAGGCGCCGAAAUUCCUUCGUCAAGAGUAUGACUCUCAGUAUGGAGUCAAGGGUCAUAAUGUGAAUUUGUUCUGGUUCGUGUACGGUUACCCUAAACCCAAGAUGACGUAUUACUUCAACGAUGAGCCGAUUGAAGUCGGAGGAAGAUAUGACUGGAGUUACACAAGGAACGGACAGGCCGCGCUCUUCAUUAAUAAAAUGUUAGAGCGUGACGUAGGAUGGUACGAGGCAGUGGCAACCAACGAACACGGUCAAGCAAGACAACGUGUGCGUUUGGAGUUGGCAGAGUACCCAACGUUCAUACGUCGACCUGAAGAGAGCGUAGUACUGGUCCGUAAAACAGCUCGCAUUGAAGCGCGGGUCACGGGACAGCCCUACCCAGAAAUCAAGUGGUACAAGGACUGGCAGCCUAUCGCGCCUUCUAGUAGAAUCAAGAUGCACUUCAAAGAGCCAGAUACCGUGGUGCUGGUGAUCCACGACGUGAUCCUGAAGGACGAAGGCCUGUACUCGGUGUCGGCUCGUAACCCAGCAGGAGCCGUCAGCUCCUCGGCCAUGCUGCACGUCGAGGAGUGCGAGCACGAGUACUCUUCCAGAGUUCGUGAAAACCCACCCCGUAUUAAGCCAAGCUCGAAGCCAUUUGGAGACUUCUAUGACAUCGGAGAUGAAUUGGGCAGAGGCGUUCAAGGAGUUGUUUAUCACGCGGCUGAAAGAUUAUCUGGUCGCAACUACGCGGCGAAGAUAAUGCACGGCCACUCGGAUCUGAAGCCCUUCAUGAAGAACGAGCUGGAAAUCAUGAAUCUGCUGAACGACCGACAUCUUGUGCGUUUGCACGAUGCGUACGAACACGACCACACGCUCGCGCUCGUCAUGGAGCUCGCUUCGGGGGGAGAGCUUGUUAGAGAUCGACUCCUGCGCAGUCAAGGGUACACGGAGCGUGACAUCGCGGGAUACGUCCGACAAUUGCUUCGUGGAUUGAAACAUAUGCACGAUAAUAGCAUUGCUCAUCUCGGACUUACGAUUGGAGAACUCCUACUCUCCCACGUAGGUUCCGAUGAACUAAAGAUCUGUGAUUUCGGACUGUCCCGUCGCAUUCACUUGAACCAACACGCCGCAUUGAACUACGGAAUGCCCGAAUUCGUGGCCCCAGAGGUCGCUAAGGGAGAGGGCGUGGCCUUCGGAGCUGACAUGUGGAGUGUAGGAAUCAUCACCUAUAUUCUCCUGAGUGGGAGAUCGCCAUUCAGAGGGCUUAACGACAGAGAGACACUCUCUAGAGUAAGAGAGGGACAGUGGGAAUGGUUCGACGAAGAAUGGUGGUCCCGCUUCAGCCUGGAGUCCCGAGACUUCAUCUCCAAGCUAUUAGUACUGGACUGGCGUAACAGGCUUGACGUGGAUUCUGCGCUUGCGCACCCUUGGCUCUCGUUCGCCGAUAAGAUUUACAAGGACGAGUAUAUUAUCACCACGGACCGACUGAGGAGUUAUUACAACUCAUACAGAGACUGGAUGAGCAACGCGUCAUGCCGUACUUGGUUCCGUCGUAGGCCACUAGAGGGCGCCUUCGACCAUCCCUCUAGAAUGGUUUACCCACCAGGGCAACUGUACACGCCCGAGGGAACCCCGGAUCGUGACAGGUCCUCUCGUGAAAGGAAAUCAUCGCCUUGGGACCUGAAAUUCAAGCAGUGGGACCACCCAGAUUGGGAGGUGUCAGCCACAUCUGAGAGCCACUACCAAAACGGUCCAGACACGUACCUACUGCAGCUCCGAGACACGCAGUUCCCAGUUCGUCUCCGGGAAUACAUGAAGGUGGCUUGCCAUCGCUCGCCAGCGUACAACCUUAGCGUACACGACUCUUAUGACCCACGGACACCUAUUAUCCGCGAAAGACGUCGCUUUACGGACGUGAUGGACGAAGAGAUUGACGACGAAAGAAAAGAAAGAAUCAACCAAUAUGGCUCUGAAAGCUACACAAUCCGCAGACUGAGGCACGAGCUUGGAACACGUCUGGACAGCUACGCGGAAGCUCAGGCUUUCAUGGAAUCGAAGAAAGAUGGACAUCUGCCCUUCUUCAGAGAAAAACCUCAAAUCCUCCCCGUUAGGGAGGGAGAACCCGCUCAACUGUCCUGCUACGCCGUAGGUGACCCCAAACCAGUCAUCCAAUGGUUCAAGAAUGAUAUGGUCAUAGCCGAAGGUCAGCGCAUCAAGAUCAUCGAAGACGACCAAGGGCGGUCCACCCUCAAUUUCGACCCGGCCAUGCAUCACGACAUCGGCUUCUACAAAGUCGUAGCGAGGAAUAAAGUAGGACAAACUGUGGCCAGGACCAGAAUUGUUGAAGCCACCACUCCCAACGCUCCCGAUAGCCCCGCAGCCUCUGAAGUAUCAGACACAGAAGUACUUCUCAGGUGGAAGCAACCGAAGUACGACGGAAACUCCCCCGUCGUCUGUUACAGCCUUCAGUUCAAAGAAGGCGAUAGUGUCGAGUGGAAAACGGUAGCGGAAAACAUCGACCACGAAUUCUUUGUCAUCAGAGACCUGGUCCCGCAAACGAGUUAUCAAUUCAGGCUAUCUUCCCGCAACAGAAUCGGAUGGAGCGAGAAAGGAAUCCCAACCAACUUGGUGAAAACUUUGGAAGCUGGAGCUCCCAAAAUUCAAGUUACGAAAGCGAUGAAACACUUGCAGCAGAUGACUGAAUCCGGACAGGAGAUAGUUUUAGACGAGGACAGGCCGAAAUUGGACUACGCGACCGAGGAAAAGUCUCCCGAAUGGGGAACGACCGACCAGUUCACCGAACGAUACAGCUUCGUGUCUGAACUAUGGCGUGGGAAGUUUUCUAUCGUCGUCAAGGGGAUAGACAAGACGACAGACAGCGUGGUGGUCGCGAAGAUUCUGGAAUGUCGGCCGGAAACGGAAGUCCAGGUUCAGAGGGAGUUCGAAUGUUUGAGGCGACUGAGACACGAGAGGAUAUCGAACUUAUUCGCCGCUUAUCAGACUCCGGGAUCUCCCGUCGCGGCUUUAGUGCUGGAGAAGCUUCAAGGAGCAGACAUUUUGACGUACCUGUCGAGUAGACACGAUUAUUCCGAGCAGGUAGUGGCAACCAUUAUCACGCAGGUCCUCGAUGGCCUGCAAUACCUGCACUGGCGGGGAUAUUGCCACCUCGACCUGCAGCCUGACAAUGUGGUGCUGGCUUCUGUACGAUCGGUACAGGUUAAACUGGUGGACUUCGGUUCCGCUCAUAAGGUCACCAAGCUUGGAACGAUUGUGCCGCAAGUUGGAGAAUUAGAUUAUAAAGCCCCGGAAGUAAUAAACGACGAAGCAGCAUAUCCCCAAACGGACAUAUGGUCUGUGGGCGUAUUAGCAUACAUUUUACUUUCGGGAGUGUCUCCCUUCCGCGGAUCAGACGACGCAGAGACGAAACAGAACAUCUCCUUCGUGAGAUAUCGCUUCGAACAUCUAUAUAAGGAAAUUACACAGGAAGCCACUCGUUUCCUGAUGUUCAUAUUCAAGAAGACGCCUCUCAAACGACCGACGGCAGAAGAGUGCUACGAACAUCGCUGGCUCCACAAUACUGACUUCAUGCUUAGGAAGAGGGAACGAGCCGUCUUCCUUGGAAAUCGGCUUAAGGAAUUUUCUGAAGAAUACCACAGUCGAAAAUCAGCAGAAGCGUCUGAAGCGGACAGCGUAGCGUCGGCUUUUCCCGGUCUGUCGCCGCGAAUGCUGGCGCGCUCCAACAGCAUACAGGACGAACUCAUGACUAACUUCACUGCUCCAUAA